AGAGAGUGUGCUCUUUCCUCUCAAGCUCCUCUUCUCCUCCAAGUGGAACUAUAUAAAUAUUAGCCAUAGCUUCUCUCAAAAGCCCAACCAACCCAUUUCACAAUAGCUCCAUUGUACUCUCUCUCUGUCUCUCUUACUAGCUCUUCAGAAAGGUUUUUGCCUUUUUGGGUCACCCUUUUUUUUUCUUUUUUUCCCCAUCUUGAGCAAACCAGCAACAAAAACAUGAAGCAAAAGGUGGUAAUCAAGGUGUUUCUGAACGACCAGAAAUCCAGAACCAAAGCAAUCAAAACUGCAGUUGGUGUUGAUGGGGUAAUACAAGCAGCUCUUCAGCAGGAGGAGAAUCAAAUAGAGGUAACAGGGGAUGAUUUGGAUGUGGUAUUGCUCACCACUUUGCUGAGGAAAAGCCUGAAGUAUGCAGAGGUUGUGAGUGUAAGCCCUGUGGAGGAUAAGAAGGAAGAGAACAAAGACGAUCCACCACAGCUAGUUUGGACACCAUAUGCUGGUGGUGUGCCUGUUAAUGUUAUAUAUGAUCCAUACCAAUACCAGUACCAAUACCAAUACCAACAAGAUCCAUCUUGCUCCAUCAUGUAAUAUCUAAUAUCGAAAAAUAUAGAAGAUAGAGGAAAAAUUUGAAUCGGUGUACGGAGAAAUCAUUUCAUACCAUUUGGCUUCUGCUUCAAGUGUGUGUGGUUUUCACAGUUUGCAUCAUUGGGUUCAAAAAGAGUGAUGAUAAAUUUUGAGAGGAAAAAAAAAAAAAAAAUCUAUUUUGUUAUAUAUAAAGAUAAAUUAUCACUUUUAGUUC